AUGCUUGAAAUUGCUUUAGUGUUUCAAAAAGCAUUUGAUAAGUUGGAAGAUUUGGAUGAGAAGUUUUUGAAAGAGUUUGGUGAUCAAUUGCCUUGUGAGAAUGAUUGGAAUUAUGUUGCUCAUUUCACAAAAUUUCUGAAGCGAUUUUAUGAUGUUACGUGCAAAUUAUCAGGAACAUUGUAUGCAACAUCAAACAUGUAUUUUCCUGAAAUCAUUCGCACUUUGAAGGAAAUUGAAAAUUUUGAGAAAAGUAGCGAUAUGUGUUUGAUGGAAAUGGGAAAACAAAUGAGGAAAAAGUUUGAUAAAUACUGGGGAUCUAUCAACAAAAUAAACUUGAUGCUUUUCAUUGCUGUGGUACUUGAUCCUAGAUAUAAGAUGAAGUAUUUGAGGGUCAAAUAUGCAUUCCACUAUAGUGAAAGAGAAGCUGAUGAAUUGGUGGAUAAAGUAACUCUAUCUGUGAAAAGUUUGAUUAAUGAUUACAGCACCUUGAAUGAAAAAUGUGAUGGAGUGAAUGACAAGGGUGAGUCUAAAAGGGUUGAAGAGAACACUCACAUUGAUGAUGAUGUUGAUGAUUUCUUUCUGGAAGAAGAAAACCAACAAAAGGCAGCUACUAAAGAUGAAUUUGAUCGGUAUUUAGAGGAGUUUUCUGAAAAGUACAGACCUGAUUUUGAUAUUUUGGUUUGGUGGAAAGUUAAUUCGGUUAGGUAUCCCAAUUUAAGUUGUGUUGCCAGGGAUGUUUCGGGCAUUCAAUCAUCAACCGUGGCAUCUGAAUCUGCUUUUAGCACUGGUGGUAGAACUUUGGAUCGCUUUAGGAGUUCUUUAACUCCUACUACAGCCGAAGUGCUUAUUUGCUGCCAAGAUUGGCUAAGAAAUGCCAAGUCGCCAAAAGAAGUGGAAGAAGUUAUAGAAGAUCUUGAGAAUCUUGAGACGGAUGCAAUGCAAGAUUCGGAUAUUAAGGGAAGCUUACUUUCACGGACAUCUUUGGAUAUUUGA